GGCUCAGUGCAGCACCUCAGUAGACACGGGCAUUCCCACGGCAUCAGACCAUGGCUCUUCGUGUCGCAGUGGGCGUGCUCCUCCUGGCCAUCGCGGGCGGCGCCGAGGAAUGCUCCUUGCCCUCCUGCCUCCUCGUUGACGGGCAUCCCAUCCGCUGCCAAGACCCCACGUCGGUCCAGUUCAUCCCGCAUCCCACCAACUGCCAUCAGUACAUACAGUGCACCUUAACGGGGCCUGUGCUAAGGGACUGCCCCCCUGGAACGGCCUGGGACGAAGACCUCAGGACCUGCGCUCACGAGGCGACCGUCGCGUCCUGUAAUAAGGUCCCUGAGAUCUGCGACUGCGACUGCUGCUUCCGCGCCGACCCCGAUGACGUCACUGGCUUCAUCUAUUGUUUCACUAGUGUAGGAGAUGAUAAAGCAACACCAUACAAACUGAACUGCCCAGAAGGUCGAAACUGGGAUGAUUCUGUCAAGGCAUGUGUAUAAGAUGACGACUUGGACCUAACUUCUCCGGGAAUAUCUCAAAAAUAUUACUAACCAGAACGUAUGAGGAGAAAAGACUUCCCAGAUCCAUAAACAAUUACAGAGUUCUUGAACAAGCCUUGGAAAUAACAGCAACAAUAGACCAAUGGAACUCUCACAAGACCGAAAC